UUUGCAACCUUUAGCCCCCCUAAAAGGGAAGCUGUACCUCUGGUGGGAGGGUUUAAUUCCAGCCUGCAGAUCUCUCCGGACUCACUCCAGCAAGACAUAUUAUUUGCCAUGGCAUCUUCACUGAAGUGUCUGGUUGAUGAUGAUAGCAGGUACCAGAAAUCCUUCCAGAUUUUUCUGGAGCGCUCCUCUGAGCAUCAGUGUAUGCGGGACUUUAUCCACAAUAUGCUGCCAGAUAUACUGGCAAGCAUUGGAGAUGGAAAGUCCCAUCUAAAUGUCAUUGGAGUUGGAAGUGGAGCUGGUGAGAUUGACCUCGAGAUGCUCGCCAAGCUCCGUCUGAAGCACCCAAGGGUGACGGUGGAUAACGAGGUGGUGGAGCCUAGCAGCACUCAGCUUCAUAACUACAAAGUUUUGGUGUCACAGAAACCAGGUUUAGAUUACAUCAAAUUCACCUGGAACAAGAUGACUGCCACUGAGUUUGAGGAGCACUGGAGAGUGAAAAAGAUGACUAAGAAGGCUGACUUCAUUCACAUGAUACAGAUGCUGUACUAUGUGAAGGAUCCUGGAGCUACCAUCAGCUUCUUCCAAAGUCUCCUCGACAAGAAUGGGAAGCUUCUUAUCCUUCUAGUGUCUGGUGAGAGUGGUUGGGGAAGGCUGUGGCGGACCUACAGGAACCAGCUCUGUAACACAGAAAUAAGUCAGUGUGUGACCACUGGAGACAUCAAAAGCUUCCUGGACUCCAAAGGGGUGAGCUACCAGAGCUACGAGCUGCCAUCUGAAAUGGAUAUCACCGAGUGUUUCACUGAGGGGGAUGAGAAGGGAGAGCUGUUGCUUGAUUUUCUCACUGAAGUGCUGGACUUCAGUAAGACCGCCUCACCUGAGCUGAAAGCUGGUGUCUUGGAGUUACUCCGGCACCCAGACUGUAGUGUGGAGUCCAACGGCAAAGUUCUCUUUAACAACAACCUCGGAGUGAUAGUCAUAGAUCAGCUUACUUAA